CAUUGUGGCAGCAGUCAUAUGGGUUACAAUUCUUACAGCAGCCACAAAAAUGUUAGCAGCAGCAGUGUCGCAAGAAUCAGAAGCCAAGGCAUUGUUGGAUUGUGGGUGGUGGAAUAACUACAUCGUCAGCGGUUUACAUCAUUGUAGCUGGCUUGGCGUGACAUGCGACCAUAACGGAACCGUCAUCGAGAUUAGCCCUCCAGUGCAAUUAAAUAUGGGAGGAAGUUCAGCAAAGUUGAACUUUUCUGCCUUCCCCAAUCUUAUUCGGCUUGAUCUUGCUUCUCAAGGACUUAAAGGAGGCAUCCCUCCUAGUUUGGGUCAUCUAACCAAACUUAGAAAACUGUCUCUUGGGACGAAUCAACUUAGUGGAUCCAUACCUCCAGAAAUUGGGAAGCUACAUAAUUUGGUUACUUUGGAUCUUUCUUGCAACUCUCUUUCAGGUGAAGUUCCUCCCACUUUAGAAUUUGGAAAUAUGAAGAAUCUCAGCUUUCUACGUAUGGAUAGAAACCAGCUUACCGGUCUCUUGCCUCCAACUUUGGGUCUCCUUCACAAGUUGAAGCACUUAAAUCUUGCGGUAAAUCAAAUCAAUGGUUCCAUCCCCUUGGAGAUAGGAAAUUUGAAGAAUCUAGCUUACUUGCAUCUUGGUUCGAAUCUUUUAGAAGGUUUAAUACCUGGAGAUAUUGCACAAGCAAAAUCCUUGAAAUUUUUGGACCUUGGGCAGAACAGGUUCACUGGCCUCAUCCCCUUCCAAAUUGGUCGUCUUUCUAUGCUCUCGGAGUUCUAUGCUGACCAUAACUUCAUUAGUACAGAGAUACCUUCCGAGCUUGGGAACUUAACAAAUCUAUUUACCUUGGAUCUCAGCCACAACUUCAUCAGCGGGGAGAUACCUUUCCAACUUCGGAAUUUAAAAAAUUUACGAACCUUGGAUCUCAGCCAGAAUCGUGUUACAGGUUCGAUCCCUCCAGCUCUGCUUCAUCUAACCAACCUGACCUAUUUGUAUCUUGAUUCAAAUCUUUUACAAGGUCAUAUACCCAUGGGAAUUGGGAAUUUGAGAAUUUUGUGCAACAGUCAGAACAAAUUGAGUAGACCCAUCCCUGUUCAGUUUAGGAAUUGCUUCAAAUUAAUGGAGUUAUCACUGAGCAACAAUUACUUAAAUGGAAGCAUCCCCCUUCAGAUUGGUUAUCUCUAUAGCCUCUCACUAAUUAAUAUCAGCCACAAUUCCAUUAGUGGAAUGAUACCUUUUCAACUUGGGGAUUUACCAAAGUUGGAGGUCUUGGAUCUUAGUUACAAUAAUCUCUCAAGCUCUAUUCCAAAAAACUUGCUUCAUCUAACUUCUUUGAGGGGCUUGUAUCUUGUUUCAAAUCUUUUAGAAGGUCAUAUACCUGGUAGUAUUGAGAAUAUGUGCUCUUUGCAAUAUUUAUGCCUUUCCCAAAAUAGAUUGAGUGGACCCAUUCCAAUUCAGCUUGGAAAUUGCUUGAACUUAACGGAGUUGUCAUUGAGCAAGAACUCCUUAAGUGGAAGCAUCCCUAUUCAAAUAGGCAAACUCUCUAUACUCUCACGAAUUGAUAUCAGCCACAAUUUCAUUAGUGGACCUAUCCCUGUUCAGCUUAGGAAUUGCCUUAAAUUAAAGGAGUUAUCAUUGAACAACAACUACUUAAGUGGAAGCAUCCCCCUUCAUAUUGGCAUUCUCCAUAGUCUCUCACUGAUUAAUAUCAGCCACAAUUCCAUCGGUGGAAUAAUACCUUAUGAACUUGGGGAUUUACCAAACUUGGAGGCCUUGGAUCUUAGUUACAAUAGUCUCUCAGGCCAAAUCCCUAUUACAUUGCUUCAUUUUCCUAAAAGCUCUUUCAUAGGAAACAGGGGUUUAAAUGAUCUCCACCUUGGGAACAAAGGGAACAAAGGGAACAAAGUGUUGAGGCCCAUUAAAAUUAUUCUUCCCACUACCAUUUCUCUUGCCUUGGUAUCUCUAGCUUUGUUGUUGCUUUGCAGAAGAAUACAUGGAGCUAAAAGUAGAAAAGCAUAUCGAAGUCAAAUGAAAAAUGGAGAUAUAUUCUCAGUAUGGAACUUUGAUGGAAGGAUUGCAUAUGAAGAUGUCAUUGAAGCAACUGAGGAUUUUGACAUCAAAUAUUGCAUUGGGACUGGUGGCUAUGGUAGUGUUUAUAGAGCACAAUUGCCAAGUGGCAAAGUAGUUGCUUUAAAGAAGCUUCAUCGAAGGGAAGCAGAGGAGCCAACUUUUGAUAAGAGUUUUAGGAAUGAGGUUAAGAUGUUGACAGAAAUACGACAUAGGAAUAUAGUGAAGCUUCAUGGAUUCUGCCUACACAGGAGAUGUAUGUUUUUGAUCUAUGAAUACAUGGAAAGAGGAAGUUUGUUUUGUGUGCUUAGAAAGGAUGAUGAAGCCGUGGAGUUGGAUUGGAACAUGAGAUUGAAUGUCAUAAAAAACACAGCACAUGCUUUGUCUUACCUUCACCAUGAUUGCAUCCCACCCAUCCUUCAUCGUGACAUAUCAAGCAACAACAUUCUUUUGAACUCAGAAAGUGAGGCUUUUGUUUCUGAUUUUGGAAAUUCUAGGUUUUUGGAUCCUGAUUCAUCCGAUUAUACUGUACUUGUCGGCACUUAUGGUUACAUUGCCCCAGAGCUCGCCUAUUCGAUUGCUGCGACUGAGAAGUGUGAUGUUUAUAGCUUUGGAGUUGUGGCAUUAGAAGUACUAAUGGGAAGGCAUCCUAAGGAACUAUUGACAUCAUUGUCAUCAUCACUAUCUUCUUUGCUAAAUGUGAUGCUAAGUGACAUAUUAGAUACGCGUCUAUCACCUCCACGAAGCAGAAAUCUUACCCAGAAUAUUGUGGUGGCUGCGACACUUGCAUUUGCUUGCUUGCGUGCAAAACCCAAGUCUAGGCCAACAAUGAAAUUUGUUUCUCAACAGUUUGUUGCACGCCAAAGGCCACUCUUGAAGCCUUUUUUGGCUAUUUCUCUAUUGGAACUGAUGAAUAGUGAUUUGGAGAUGGAAAAUGAAAUAGAAUCUCUACCUGAUGUUUCAAGUCAUCCAACAAUGUAUCAUGGUUGUUCUUCAAACAAAGUCCUUGAUAUUUAAUUCUGGGAAGCCAAAGGCUGCCUUGUUUUGAUGACAGAUUGUCCAUAAAAAUAGCUUUGUUCCUCCGUUGGUUAUUGGAAGGAGAACAAAGCAUUACGUGUAAUAAUUUUUUUACUUCUUAUAUGGUAUACACACAUUAGUGAGUUAAUGAACCUUUGAGAUCCUA